GGGGGUGGGAAAUGCUGCCUGGAGUGUGGAAGAAGCAGGAGUCUAGUCUCUAUUUACAUAAGGACAGGUGGGGCUGGAGUAUGACUGAGGGGUUCCUAAAACAUUUGGCACUUUCCUGUUCCUCUGAGGGACUGGGUACAAAGGCUCAGUCAGCACUGGGUGACAGCACAGUACCUGACUGUUCGUGGAGUGCACUCACAACUACUCCCAUCUAGGAGCUGCUGCUAUUAAUCGCCAGGAUUGUAUUGCUCAAGCUGGUUGUCGGACAGAGGCUGCGAACUCCACCAUUUACAGGAAUCGAAAGUGAAGUAUGACCGAUACCUCAUCCCUCCAAAAACAAAGUGCUCUAGAUAUUGAUGACAGCCAAGGAGAUGACGUCUCAACACACAAUGAGAACUUUCCUCUGUCUUCCUUGGCCAACUUGUUUGAUAAUGAAGAAGGGGCAGUACCCACAGAGGUGAACAGGACUCCACAGCCUUCUGCAGAUGGCAAGCAGAACCUUAGGAUUAGAUUUCAAGGUGCUUUCAAAAAAGGUAUUUCAAAUCCAAUGGAUCUUUUGGAAUCAACCAUUUAUGAGUCUUCAGUUGUUCCAGCACCAAAAAAAGCCCCUAUGGACUCAUUGUUUGAUUAUGGGACUUAUCACCAUCAUCCUACAGAAAACAGGCGUAGACGAAAGAAGAUACUUGCAGAGAAGGAGAACCAAAAUUCCCAGAAUUCUAGCCCUGACCCUCCUCCUCGAGUUAUCAAGAUGUUUAAUAGACAUAUCCUCUUUGACAUUGUGUCGAGGGGUGCCACAUCGGAGCUGGAGGGAUUCCUGCCUUUCUUGUUGUCUCAGAAGAAACGAAUGACAGAUGAGGAAUUUCGAGAACCAUCAACGGGAAAAACGUGCUUACCUAAAGCUCUGUUAAAUUUGCAAGGCGGAAGGAAUGACACGAUCCCACUCCUGGCAGAUAUUGCUGAAAAAACAGGGAAUCUCCGUGAAUUUAUCAAUUCUCCUUUCCGAGAUGUUUAUUAUAGAGGGCAGACUGCUCUUCACAUAGCUAUUGAAAGGCGCUGUAAGCAUUAUGUGGAGCUGCUGGUAGAGAAGGGAGCUGAUGUCCACGCUCAGGCCAGAGGGCGCUUCUUUCAACCAAAGGAUGAGGGUGGAUAUUUCUACUUUGGUGAACUCCCACUAUCUCUGGCAGCUUGCACCAAUCAGCCUGACAUUGUGCAUUACUUGACCGAAAAUGCUCACAAGAAAGCAGAUCUACGUCGUCAAGACUCAAGGGGAAAUACUGUCCUUCAUGCUUUGGUGGCUAUCGCUGACAAUACAAGGGAGAAUACCAAAUUUGUUACAAAAAUGUAUGAUCUUCUUGUCAUAAAGUGUGCCAAACUUUAUCCUGAAAUUAGCCUGGAGGCCAUUUUGAACAAUGAUGGCAUGUCUCCCCUUAUGAUGGCAGCAAAACUGGGUAAAAUAGGGAUAUUUCAGCAUAUUAUCCGGUUAGAGAUAAAAGAGGAAGAGGCCAGGCACUUGUCUCGUAAAUUCCGGGAUUGGGCUUAUGGCCCUGUUUACUCCUCCCUGUAUGACCUAUCUUCUUUAGAUACAUGUGGUGAAGAGGUCUCUGUACUUGAAAUCCUGGUUUACAAUAGCAAGGUUGAGAACCGUCAUGAAAUGCUGGCAGUGGAGCCCAUCAAUGAACUGCUGAGGGACAAAUGGAGGAAGUUUGGCGCGGUCUCAUUCUACAUCAGUGUUGUCUCCUACCUCAUUGCUAUGAUCAUUUUUACAUUAAUUGCUUAUUACAGGCCCAUGGAGGGCAAACCACCCUACCCAUAUAAGACAACAGUGGACUACCUGCGAUUGACCGGAGAGAUCAUAACCUUGAUAACUGGAAUAUUCUUCUUCCUUUCCAAUGUUAAAGACUUGUUCACGAAGAAGUGUCCGGGGGUAAAUUCCUUAUUUAUAGAUGGAUCUUUCCAGCUGUUGUACUUCAUCUAUUCAGUAUUGGUCAUUGUCAGCGCUGUCCUUUACUUGACUGGUAUUGAGGCUUAUCUGGCUGUAAUGGUGUUUGCCCUGGUAUUAGGAUGGAUGAAUGCACUGUACUUUACCAGAGGCCUGAAACUCACGGGAACAUACAGCAUUAUGCUUCAGAAGAUCUUGUUUAAGGAUUUGUUCCGCUUUCUCCUUGUGUACCUCCUCUUUAUGAUUGGCUAUGCUUCAGCUCUGGUGUCCUUGCUGAAUCCAUGCUCCACACAGGAGAUUUGUAAGAAUAAUGGAACAGACUGUUCUGUGCCCGAGUACCCAUCUUGCCGUGAUAGUAGCACCUUCAGUAAGUUUUUGCUGGACCUCUUCAAGCUAACCAUCGGAAUGGGAGACCUAGAGAUGAUCAACAGUGCCAAGUACCCGGCUGUCUUCAUCAUUCUCCUGGUUACUUAUAUCAUCCUCACCUUUGUCCUCCUCCUUAACAUGUUAAUCGCUUUAAUGGGGGAAACAGUUGGUCAAGUUUCAAAGGAGAGCAAACAAAUCUGGAAGUUGCAGUGGGCCACCACCAUCCUGGAUAUUGAGCGGUCAUUUCCAGUCUUCAUAAGAAAAGCUUUUCGAUCUGGAGAGAUGGUAACAGUUGGGAAGAAUUUAGAUGGGACUCCUGAUCGACGAUGGUGUUUUAGGGUGGAUGAAGUGAAUUGGUCACAUUGGAAUCAGAAUCUUGGCAUCAUUAACGAGGACCCCGGGAGGAACGAUACUUAUCAGUAUUAUGGUUUUUCACAAACUGUGGGGCGUCUCCGGAGAGAUCGUUGGUCAGUGGUGGUCCCUCGAGUGGUAGAACUUAACAAAACGCCUCAUAAUCCUGAUGAUAUUGUAGUUCCGCUGGAACAUAUGCAAAAUAUGCACCCAAAUUAUCAAAGGCAUGGGUAUCCACACAGUUUCAAGAAAGAUGAAACCAAUAUCUAAUAACGUUCCUCCUCCUCAGACUUCCAACUCCCUUGGUGCCUAUAGACACUUUUAACAUAUUGGAAACAGAAAUCCAUCUCCAUCUGUGCUGCUAAUCAGUGUCUGGAACUUUGCACUUUUGCACAAAUGUUUAUUUUGUAUAUGCCUGGAGUAGCUUCGGGAGGCCUGAUCCAAACUGUAAACCAAUAUUUUAUUUAAUUUUUAAUAUUUGUUUUGUAAGUUUUAAAAAAAAGUUUUCUUAGUUACAUCUUUGCUUCAAUGUACAUCCGUGAGAAGUCAAGACUGUAACAUGAUAGUUUUCCAUGAGAGGAGAUACUUUGUAUAUCUAUAUAUUGUUUAAACUGCCUUUUAUUUGUCUGAUGUACAUUUCAUGCUUUAAACCUAUAAUAUAUUACACAGAGUAUUAUACAUAGUUAAAUCAUUCUCCUUUGGUGUUCUAGAAGUACAUUAUAAGUUCUCAAGAAGGUUUGAAUGAAUUAGACUAGUGGUAUUAAAUUUAUGACUAACACAUUCUCCCAUUCUAAUAAUCUCCGUUCUUUUAUUUAUUUGUUACUGAGAAACUAAUUCAAAGGUGAUAACCAAUAUGGAAUGGGGAGGAAACCGCUGAAAGACUACUGGUAGCAACUUAUCUUCCCAAAAACAAAAAUAUUGGGCAGUUCAAAUCCAACUGCCUGUCCCUAUCAUCAUUUGAUGGUCAACUGGUCCCGCCAUGUUGGGGGGGGGGGAGGUUGACCAGCAUACAUCUAAUGUGUAUGAUCAGCGCCAAGUAUCACUGUACUGUCACACAACUUUACAUAAAUCAAUAGUACAAGCGACUACAAGAAACUUUGUAAUACGUUUUAACAGUAAGAAAUGUCUAGUUCUCAUGUUAUCAGCUUUUUACCCCACCCCUUUUGCUAAUUUCUUUUCACUUUGAAAAAAACUUUGAAUUUCAUCUCGAGACAGAGCAGCUCAACAGGAGAAUACGAUUACAUAUGUCAAUACAAGUCUAUGGAGAGGGGAGGGAGGAAAGUGAGAUGCAGCAUACAUCAAGACAGGACUCAAAGAGAGACACUGAAGAGACUGCAGAUCCACCCAACAUGUCUGAGAGAUCUGCAAGCUAGAUGUUCAGCAUGUACAGAGGAAAACUGCUAGAAAAUGCCAGAUACAAGUGACCUAAUGGCUAGAAAUCGUGUUAUUCCUCAUAUACACACACUGUACUACAGAUUAAAGCAGUGUUUUGUUGAAAGGUUGGUUACGCUUUAAAUCUGUAACAUUGCAAAGAUUGGUGUACUACAAUGGUAAAUGCAAUUGAC